AUGGCACGACUGUCCUCCGCCCUGGUCCUGUUGGCCGCCGGUGUCGCCGCAGCCUCGCCGACCAAAGCGGUCAAAGUGGCCCCGACAACCGUCAGUGGCACCGCCGACAUGCACGAUGGCUGCAUCCAUAUGCAGAUUGUGCACUCGACCAACACCAAUUACUUUGGCAAGCGCGCCGUGGAGCUAGCCCUAGCCAACCGGUCCGACGUGGCCUACUAUGCCAAGUUGAGCUUUGGCACGCCGGCACAGCCGCAGUUUGUCCAGCUGGACACGGGCUCGUUUGAGCUGUGGCUCAACCCGACAUGCGACGGCCUAUCGCUGAGUGACGCGAGCUUCUGCGAGGCUGUCGGCAACUUCAACACAUCGAACUCGAGCACGAUCACGCCGCUGAACGAGACCAAGGUGCUGCAGUACGGCAUCGGUUCAGCCAACAUCUCGUACGUUCGCGACAGCAUCGGGCUGCCCGGCACGACGUCAGUGCUGAAGCAGGUGCAAUUCGGCGUCGCCAGCUCCACCUCGGAUGAAUUUGCCGGCAUCCUCGGCAUCGGCUUCGGCCAAGGCCUGACGACAAACUACGCCAACUUUGUCGACGAGCUGACAGACCAGAACAUCACCCAGGUCAGAGCCUUCAGCCUCGCACUCGGCAGCAAGGACGAGCAGGAGGGCGUCGUCGUCUUCGGUGGCGUCGACACGUCCAAGUUUUCCGGCACCCUCGCCCGCGUGCCCAUCAUUCCCGCUGCCCAAAGUCCCGACGGUGUGCCGCGAUACUGGGUCAACAUGUCGUCCGUCAGCCUGACUGCGGGCAAAAACACCGAAAGCACCGAAAGCACCGGAAGCUCCAAGACGACCACCAAGACGGCCACCAAGACAUCCACUUCCAAGGCAACCGCAUCCACCAAAGCCGUCACUUCCACCUACGCCAACAGCUCCAUGGCCGUCUUCCUCGACAGCGGCUCUACCCUCACGCUGCUGCCGGCCGGACUCGCUGACAGCAUCGCUGCUGACUUUGGUGUCGUCGACGGACCUUCUUCCAGCGGCUUCUACUACGUUGACUGCAGCUACGCUUCCGCCAAUGGCACUCUCAAUUUUGCCUUUCCUGGCGUCUCCAUCAGCGUCCCCUUCCACGAGCUCGUCCGCCAAUCCGGCUCCCAAUGCAUGCUCGGCAUCCAGGCCAGCUCCCAAUUCGCCCUUCUCGGAGACACCUUUUUGCGCUCUGCCUAUGUUCCAGUCGUCAUCGACCAGACCGACAACGAUAUCUGGAUGGCUCAAUACACCAACUGCGGCUCGACUCCUGCUGCCCUCGCAACCACUCAGUCCCUCGUGGCCCUGACCGGCGAUUGUUCUCCGGGCGAGAACAUAAUUGUUGUCACCACCACUCCCUCCAUCCCCUUCUUCUCGCCCACCACUUCUUCUUCCGCCACUGCCAUCACUGCAGUUCAAACCGCUAAAGCAUCCGCAUCCCCCAGUCCCUCGACCUCGUCUAUCAAAUCGGCCGCUGCAAGAACGGCUCCUGGCAUCCUGCAUAGCUCUGCUGUCCUCAUGCUCACCUCUGCUCUCCUUGCCGUUGCUCUGGUAGACCAGCUGCUCUGA